GCGAGGCCUCCAUACAGGAGAUGAAGGAUUCACUGGCAGAGGCUAAGGAGAUGUAUCAGCUGGCUAUGGUGUCCAAUGCCCAGCUGGAAAAUGAGAAGACCGUGUUGAUGUACCAGGUGGACACGCUGCGGGAGACACUUCUGGAGCUGGAGGAGCAGCUGUCUGAGACACAGAGGGAGUGUGAGGAGAACACAAAGGAGUAUGAGCGAGAACACCACGCACAUACUGUCCUUCAGUUACAGUUCAGUGAGCUGAAGAAGACGUUGAGAUACUGAAGAGCUCCUCUCCCGCCUGACCCCUGGACACUCCUCACCCCCAGACUCUGCCCCGUGUUAUCGACCUUUGAACAACCUGACCUUGAAUACCUGC